AUGGGCCCUGGAGUCCCUCCUGACGCCCUUCUCCUCCUCAUCGCAGCCCAUUUCCUGGUCCAGUGGAAGUCCGAGUGCCUCUUCCUCAACGGGACGCAGCGGGUGCAGUACCUGUUCAAGGAGAUGUACGACCGGCAGGAGUUCGUCCGCUUCGACAGUGACUUUGGGAAGUUCGUGGCCGUCACGGCGUUUGGGAAGGCGGAUGCGGACAUAUGGAACAGCAAUGAGCAGAUCAUGCAGUACCAGAAGGCCGCUGUGGAUUUCUUCUGCCGACACAACUACGAGGUGAACAGCUACAAGGCGCCCAAGAGGGAGGAGCGAGCGAUUGGCCGGAGAAGUGAGGCCUUCGGGGAGGAGCUCCAGAACGGAGACUGGACCUACCAACUCCAGGUGAUGCUGGAGACCCAGCCCCAGUGGGGGGACGUCUACACUUGCCAGGUGGGGCAUGUCAGCCUGGAGGCCCCCAUCACCGUCCAGUGGGAGCCCCGUUCCUCCAGCUCUGCCAGGAGCAAACUCUGGACGGGCAUCAUGGGGGCUGUGAUUGGAGCGGCCUUCCUAGCUGUGGGGCUCUUCUCCUACCUGAAGAGCAAGAAAGCCACUCCCAUCCAAACUCCUGCAGCCCUCAUGGAUUAAUCCUGCUCUCUGAUGCAAAGGAUAUUUUUUUCUUUAGUAGCUGAUGAUUCUUUGUCCUGUUUGCAACCUCUGA